AUGAAGUUGAAAAGUGAUCACUUGCCCUCUCUGCAAUGGUAUAAGCUAGUCACACAUGAAGAUGAAAAGACCAAGCUGUUUUUUAAAAGUGAGACACGAGCACAUUCGUUCCCUUUUCUGCCUUGUACUGUUUCUUGUUGCCUGGACUCAAGCAGCUUGUGAACUUUAGCUCCGCAAAUAUCUGAUGGAGGAGUCAAUGCACCCACGUGCAUAACUGGACACGGCUCCACCGGAUCUGCUGGAACAGUGCCUGACACUGGUGGUGAGCGCUUCACUGGGCCCCUCCCAUGCAGCACUGCCACACCUGCCGAAACCCCACUGCGUGCACAAGAAGCACGAGCAUAAGAGUGGCUCCCCGACUGGGACAGCUUCUAAUUGCAGUGUUACCUCCCCACGCCAUGUUAGGUUGGACGAAAAGUUGCGUGCAGUUGUGGAGGCUCCUGCUCCUAAGAAGGCUUAUAUAGAGCACUGCUCCAAAUGCUGUUGUCUGCCACUGGCUCUGUCUUCUGUUCCUGCACCUGGGCCGCCUCCUUUGCCCUCAGCACUAUCAAUACCACCAGGACCUUCUGGCCUGUCCCACCCAGUCCUGCGUACUCUGGCAUGCUUAUCACCCCGAUGCUGUCAGAUGAACUCAUGCUGCCUUUCGUUAGCUCUCCCCUGCGCUCUGGACCCCUGCCUGUUCCGAGACGCCCCCUCUCCAGUAGACGAGCCCCUCCUACUCCAUCCUUCUCCUCUGGCUCUUGUGACGGAUGCACCCCUUCUAGUUGUUGACCAUCCUCUCGGACCUCGUUUUGCAUUGACAAUUCUGCCUUCACUGACAGCUCCUUCUCUACCGGACCCCUCUUUGGAAUCAGAGUGGUCCUCUGUCCCAGACACAGCCUUCUCUUCUGCCCAGUCCUACAGCCUCGACUCUCGGCACUAGUCACACCCACAGACUUGUGGUCCCUCAGCUGAUCCAUGGUUCCGCUACCCAUGGACACCGCUUGAGACCCCUACCACGAUCAUGGGAUGUACCGCCUGUAUCACUGCUUAUCUGUUGCCCAUACCGCUACCUUCCACAAGGAAUCUCUGGAUGCUUCUGCUUCAUCAGCUCCAGCUGCACCGUUGGCACCUUCAGUCCCCACAGGUGCCUCUUCGUCCCUGGACGAUGCCCACAUUCCACUCACCUUCUUGGUGCCUAACGACCAUACCCAGUAUCAGAGCUUGCUCCGCGGGGCAGAGCUGCUGCAUUUAAUUUCACAGUGAAGGAUGUUCAUCAUUCCCAGGAACACUUCCUUGACAUUCUCAAGUCUCUGGGGCCUUCCCAUACCACCUUGCCCAUCCAUGACACCAUCUUGCAGCCAGCUCAGGCUGUUGGGCACAUGCCAGCCUCCUACGUCAAAGCAGGCAGAACGCUGCUCCUUUGUGCCCUCUAAUGGUAUGGACUUUCUCUUUACCCACCCCACUCCCUGGUAGUGCACAUGGUCAUGGAGCGCGCUCAUCAGCAGCACUUUAAAUCCACGUGUCCUGACUGCUUUACCAAAAAGCUGGACUUGCUGGGCCGCAAAGUAUAUUCGUCCAUGGGUCUACAAUUCCGCAUUGCCAGCUACCAGACUGUCCUUGCAAAGUAUGAUUUCCUGUCCUAUUCCAAGCUGGCGGACAUUCAGGACUUCCUUCCUCCAGAAAAGCGGCAGAAAUAUCAGCAUCUGUUGGAUGAGGAAAAACUGUUGACCAACGAAGCUCUCCAAACUACUGUUGAUGCCACCGCCGACACUAUGUCACACUCCUUGGCAUCCAGAGUGGUGCUCCGUCGCUAUUCUUGGCUCCAGUCUAGCAGUUUCUCUGUGGAGGUCAGACAACUCUUGAGGACCUUCCCUUUGACAAUCAUAAGCUAUUUAGUGACGAGACAGACAAGUCCCUUUGCUCCCUCCAGAAUUCUCGUGCCACCCUCCAGUCGCUGGGCAUUUCUACUCCGGCUCUGACCCGCCAGCAGCAACGCUUGUCCUUCUGCCCUCUCCCUUUUCCACUUACCAGCCGUGCCCUCAAUGGCCACCUGACCUGCAUCACCCUUGCUCCCAGCGACCUCGAUGUUCUUCCUCUGUUGCUUCCAUCGCCAUCCAUCUAAGCAACCUUUUUGACUCUUUCCUCAAGAACUGUGAACCUUCCUCCAUCCCUCUGGCCACACCACAGAUAGUCUUCGGGAGUUGUCUUGCCCACUUUGCUCACAAUUGGGAUAGGAUCACCCCUGACCUUUGGGUGCUGGAUUUCGUCCACCAAGGCUGCCUUAUUGAAUUCCUCUCCUUCCCUCCUAAUCAUCUGCCCAGUGGCCACUCUUUGGACCCUUCCCAGGACCAUCUUUAUGAGGAAGUAACCGCCCUCCUCCAAAAGGACACUAUAGAACCCGUGCUGCGGCCCUACUGUGGUCGUGGUUUUUAUUCCCUCUGUUUCCUCAUCCUGAAGAAAAGGGAGUGGUCUUCAUCCCAUUUUGGAUCUCCGUUCCCUGAACAAGUUUAUUCACAAGUUUCACUUCAGGAUGGUCACUCUCCCCCUUAUUAUCCCUUCCUUCUCCCGUGGAGCUUGGUUCGCUGCUCUUGAUAUGAAAGAUGCAUACUUCCACAUGGGCAUCCACCCUGCUCAUCGCAAAUUCCUCUGCUUCUCGGUGAGGAGUUUGUAUUAUGAAUUCCACGUCCUCCCCUUCAGAAUCAUCACUGCCUUCUGCAUCUUCACGAAGGUCUUUGUGGUUGUGGUGGCCUGUUUGCGGCACCAGGGCCAUUCCCUCUUUCUCCUAGCUGGAUGACUGGCUCCUUGUGGCACCUCUUGCCUCUGACCAGACCCUCCACGCCAUCCUCAGCAGCAUGGGGAUCUACAUCAACGAGGAAAAGUCAAUCCUCAUCCCUACCUGCAUGAUCACUUUCUUGGGGGUACACCUGGACUCUGCACCCUAUACCUUUCUUCCCAUGGAUGGCUUUGCUUUCCUCACUUCUCCUAUCGCAAUGCUCCACCGCCGUCCGCAAAUGUGCCUCCAUCAGUACCUAUCCCUCCUGGGCCAUAUCGUGGCCUGCACUGCAGUCAUGCCAUAUGCCAACCUCCAUAUGUGUUGUCUUCAACUCUGGCUCUGCUGCAUCUAUGAUCCCCAGUCGGACUACCUGCCCAAGGUGGUCAUCAUCCCUCCUACUGUUUUGGCUUCCCUCACCUGGUGAUGCAAACUGUCCGUGAUUCUAGCAGGCAUUCUGUUCAUGUCCCCCAUGCCUAGCACCACUCUCCAACACAGAUGCCUCAGUCCUUGGCUGGGGCACCUUCCUUGACGGCUGCACCACUCAGGGUCUUUGGUCACCAAAGGUUGUGCGGAUACACAUCAACGUCAUAGAACUACGGGCAGUCCACCUGGCCUGUGAGACCUUCCUGCCCUUCCUCUGUUUCUGCCAUGUUCAGCUCCUGUCUGACAAUCUGAUGAAGGUUGUAUAUAUCAAUGAACCAGUAGGACCAUGUCUCCUUUCCUCUUCAUGGAGGCCUCCAUCUUUGGAAUUGGUACCUCCAGCAUGGAAUCAUCUUGUAUGCUGUGCACCUCCAAGGCACCAGCAACUCCCCGGCGGACAGGCUCAACUGGUCCUUCCACGCCGACAAGGAGUCAGACUCCUCAACCCCACUCUCUGAUCCAUCUUUUGUUGGUGGAGCACACUGCACUGGGACCUCUGUGAAGUUUGAGAACUGGAAUAUUUCCCCUCUUCUGCUCCCGUUGAGCUCUGGGCCCAGGUUCAUAGGCGACGCCCUUCUCGUUCCUUGGACCUUGGAUCUCCACUCCGCCUUCCCACCGAUUCCCCUCCUUCCCCAGGUCCGGCGCAAAGUGCGGAAGGACUGAGUGACGGUUAUCCUUGUAGCUCUCUCCUGACCUUGCCAGUAUUGGUACACCAAUCUGUGCUUGCCCUCCAAUUCCUCUUCUGACCCUCCCGGGUCUCCUAAUGCAGGUGCACAGCUGGUUACAGUACUCCAAUCCGAGCCCUCUGCAUCUCACCACCUGCUAUUUGGAUGGGGCUCGCGUGUAGACUGGGCUUGUGCCGACCCCGUCCAAGACAUCCUCUCUCAUAGCCGAUACCAGUCCACUCAAAUCUACUGUCAAGCUAAGUGACACCGCUUUACCUCGUGGGUGCAGCGCCAUAACAUCUCUCCAGACUCUAUCUCCAUUCCUGUCCUUCUGGACUACCUCCGUCAUCUCUACCAGUCAGGCCUUGCUCACUCCUCCAUCUGCAUCCACCUGGAAGCACUCAGUGCCUUUCUUUCUCCUGUGGAUGGCUUCUCCAUCUUCAUCCAUCCGACAACCUCCUGCUUCCUCUGCAGUCUUCUCAGUACUUUUCCCCCCAGUACAAAGGCUUGUCCCUUCUUGGGUUCAGAAUCUGGUUUUCUGUGUGCUCACCAAGCCACCCUUCGAACCCCUCACCACUUGCUCCCUCUCCCAUCUUUCCAUGAAGGUGAUCUUCUUGGUGGCUAUCACCUCCGCAUGACGUGUCAGCAAACUGGCCACCAUGAUGGCAGAUAUGCCAUUUACCAUCUUCCACAAAGACAGGAUCUCCUUACAUCUUACCCUGAGUUCCUGCCCACGGUGACUUCCUCCUUCCACCUCAACCAGAGUACACACCUUCCUGUCUUCUGCCCUAAGCCACACGCCUCUCCCAUGGAGUGAAUAUUCUAUUCCUUUGAUGUCUGCCGAGCAUUAGCCUUUUAUCUCCAUCACACACGUGAGUUCCGAGUGGCCCCCUGGCUCUUUAUCGCCAUCACAGAGUGCUGUCGGAGUUGUACCCUUUCUUCCCAGUGCCUCUCCAAAUGGAUCUCCUGUUGCAGCAUGACCGCUCCACGUGGGCAUAUGCAACCCUGUUGGCUUUCCUUGCAGAUGUUCCAUGGCAAUAGAUAUGUUGGGCAGCUACUUGGUCCUCUGUCCACACCUUUUCCUCUCACUAUGCCAUUGCCCCCUCGAUGGUGAUGGAUGCAGCAGCUGGUCACGCUGUCGUACUGACUUGGUCUUCUCAAGAACCCUCGUAACCGCUUCCAUACUGACCGCUGUUUGCUGCUCUCCCGCGUUUGGAAUCCUGACACAGGGUCCAUCACUUGAAGAAGAAGAAGAAGAAGAAGAGAAGGUUAUUUACUGUAACUAGAAGUUCUUCGACAUGUGUGGUCCCUAUCUGGAUUCCAAUUCAGCCGUUUUUCUCCUGUGCUCUGGGCUCCAUUUGCUUCCUGGUACGAGGGAACUGGGAGGGGUGUCGACUGGCACAGCCUCUUAAAGCCUCGAAUGUGCCACGCAGUUGAUGCAUGUGCAGGUCAACAGAUACUACUAUGAACAGUUCCGGCUCCAGCGAAUGGUGUGCAUGUGCAUCCGUGUUUGGAAUCCAGGAAAGGACCACCCAUCUCAAAGAACCUCCAGUUAUAACGUGUUACACUGUUUGCAGUCGUGGUGUGCUUCCUUUAUAUCCUCAAAUUAAGUUUUGGCCCUGAAGAAUGUGACAUGAAGAAAAUGCACUAUGUGGACCCUGAACGUGUAAAGAGAGCACAAAAAUAUGCCGAACUCAUACAGCAAGGAGAAUGUCGACCUUCUUUUGUGAAGAAGGAGAUGAACAGAUUAUUUGCUGAAAAGUACAGAGCGAACAUAUUUCCCUUUGUAAGAGAAGAUAUAUAUGGAUAUGAAGAUGUGUUUAAAUACAAACCUCCGUUUGGAUUUCACAAGAACUCUCAUAAACUUCAGAACCUCUUAAAACUCUUACCUGAGCAUGACUUGCCAGAGAACUUGAAAUCAAAACACUGUAAGCGUUGUGUUGUUGUAGGAAGUGGUGGAAUACUUCAUGGAUUGGAGCUAGGCCAUGUGCUGAAUGAUUUUGAUAUUGUUAUAAGGUUAAAUAAUGCACCAGUUCAGGGCUACACAGAUCAUGUUGGUAACAAAACUACCAUAAGGAUGACCUAUCCAGAGGGAGCCCCACUUUCUGAAAAUGAAUAUAACCCUCAGAGCUUGUUUGUUGUUGUCUUAUUUAAAAGUGUCGAUUUCAAUUGGCUUCAAGCAGUGGUAAAAAAUGAAGCAUUGCCACUAUGGGUGCGACUAUUUUUUUGGAAGCAGGUGGCUGAGAAAAUUCCUGUAACACCAAAACAGUUUCGUAUUUUAAAUCCGAUCAUCAUUAAAGAGACUGCCUUGGAUAUACUACAGUACCCUGAGCCUCGAUCUAAAUUCUGGGGCUGGGAUAAGAAUGUUCCCACAAUUGGGGUCACUGCAGUUGUUCUGGCCACACAUUUAUGUGAUGAAGUGAGUUUAGCAGGAUUUGGAUAUGACCUCCGUCAACCCAACACACCUUUGCACUACUAUGACAAUCUGUGCAUGGCCGCAAUGGAAGGACAAACUAUGCAUAAUGUGACAACUGAAACAAAAUUCCUACAAAAACUGAUCAAAGAAGGGAUUGUGAAAGAUCUCAGUGGAGGAAUACAGUGUGAAUUCUGCAAAAAACCAAGCUAAUGACUGGAAUUGAGAGCACAGACUGGAUUAGAGGUUCCUGCAGCCUUGCCAGCAAUGGCCCUUUCAGUGCUCUCAUCCCACAAAGACUUUGAAGAAUCUCUCUUCUUCGUAUUUCUGUUGCUUUUUAAUGUCAAGUUGAAUUCGUUGUAUUUUUUUAUUUAUUUUGAGUCCAGGUUUUUACCUUGCACACUUUUGUGGAUAAUUAUCAAUACAGUUUUGAGUUUAGAGAGAUUAAUUUAAAAUAUGUCAUGUUUUAAGCUAUCUGAAGGAAAACAAAAUGUGUAGGUUUUAUACGUGAAGGACACUCACGAACCUAGGUGUGUGUUACCUAAUCUGGGGAGAGAAGAAUUGUUCCCACUAAAGUGGUGUUGCCUUUGUGGGUCCAUUUGUCAGUACAUAAUUCCUCUGUGCAUACAAAGAAAAGCAAAGGUGUGUGUUUCUAAGUGAAUUUGCUUUGUUGCUUGCAGGUUCACUAGUUUUUGUGGUAGAUCAUCCACUUAUAUAACCUUCCACAGAUAUUUAGGCUACUCCCUUUCUGUGCUGAUACCUAUUUUGGGGGGGGGGGGGGUGUGAAGGGGCCGGGAGCAGGAAAGAGGAAAACUGAUGUGGCAGUGGAGCUGAACAGUAAGUUCAUUAAUGCCACAUCUAGUCAUGCCUGGUAUUUAAAUCAUUGACCGGUGUGAAUGCUUUAGGAUUAGAACGCUGGCUACUUAAACACUUGACACAUUUGGGCCUGACCAUGUUAUAACCAGAUUUAGCCUACAGUAGAUACCUAACCUGAGUCCAAACUCUUCUCUUUCCCAUCCUGGCUCCAAAACACCUGGUCAUAAUGUGGUUGGGUCACAAAAAAGUUUAAGCGUCAUUGUUACAGGAACAGCAUCAACAUGAAUUCCAGUCCUUUUUAGGGAGAGAGUUAAAAAGUAGUGUUUUGGGCUACACUGUCCCUUUUGUUAUUUUAUAAAAAGGUUUUAGUCCUUGCUGCUGAAUGAAAGACCCACAAACAAAAUGGAAACUUACUAUGUAGUAGUCAGAGUAAAACUUAACUACAGACAAAGUAUAAGAAGGAAAAGAUUUUACUUAAUCUCCUUCAUGGUACAGUAGGUAUUAACUUGCAACAGUACUAUGUAAAAUAAAGAUUCAGACUCAAAUAUAGUUUAAGUUGAUAGUGGCCCUUUUAUCUUGUGAAUAUGGUGUAUGCUUCUUAAUUGGAAGGGUGAGAGUGAAAUUGUUUGCUUUACAGACCACCUAAUAAACUGGCAAUUCUGUGUGCACAAAUAACUUAUGCAGAAGAAUUUGCCUUUGAGGAGGUAGCAUGAUCUACUAGCACUGUACAAUGUCUUCUAAGUGCAGAUUGCUUUUAAAAAUUCCUGUAUAAAUGUACUUUCUAAUGACCGGAAAUCAAUGCAAUUGAAAAAAAGCGGGAUUGCAGAUUUGUGAGUAAGUCUGAACUGUUUCGUUUUAUUUUUCAAAUAACACAGUUGUGGUUAUUGGAUUACUUGCUUUUGAGUGCUGUCUGUUACUCAGAGCGAGUGAAAAAUGCUUUAUUUGAAUGCGAAAUGGUAUCAGAAAGUUAAUAGAUGUGAACAGGUGGAAUAUAAUUAUAUGAAUUACAGGAAUCACUUUGACUUUCCAGGUGACAAACCUUCCUAUUAGUUUCUUAUCAUAUGGUAAGAUACACUAGGCAUAUUUUUAAAAUUAGCAUCAGGUUAAAUUGCAUCAAGAAAAUAGGAUGUGGGAAUGGAAUAUAGUAUUCAUACUUGCCAUGAAGAGUAGGUCUAAUGGAUGAUUGUGUAUGAACGCAGAAGUUGCACUGGCUAUGGUUGUGAGACAAUAAAACAGUGCCAGUUUACAAAGCGUAACACUGAAGAUAGUGGCUAUGAGCCUGAUCUUUCCUAAGCACCCACACAUCCCCUAAAGCGAAUGAUUAGAAAUCAUGCUGUGUGUGUUCAGGGCUCCAUUUGUGCAACAGCAAUAAUAUUAACCUAACUUCCUCCUCGUAACUUGGAACAGACUAAUUUUUGUAACGGCAAUACAUUUCUAGUCCAUGUUUUUUGUAUGCUUUUAAGUAUAGAUCAAACUGUUUACUUGAAAAAUUACUGAUAUAUAAAGAGUUUUUAAGAUAGUGAUUUGUUUACUAUAACAUGUUGAUUAUUAUCCCCUUAUAGUUAAGAUGAAAGCAAGCUACCUUAACUCCAUUCAAUAUUACUGAAAUAUGAAAGAGUUUGGGAAAGUUCAAAUGUGCAUAUGGACAGUAGUACACUGAUGUCUUUCAAAGUGCUGUUGCACAAACAUUUUGUUGUACAUCAACUGUUAGUUCACCAGGAUUUCACACUGUUAUGACUUAAGAAUAUGAAAAUGUGAACUUAAUAGAAUGAAAGUAUUAUUAAAGCAAUCAGUAACGUCCUUUGAGGUUUUCGAUUUAUCAUCAGCUCUACAAGAUGCUUUCAUGUGUGCUUAAACUGUAGUCCAACCAACUUUGUCAGUUGUGAUAAAACUUUUUUUCUCUGUAGUAGUAAAUAUGUGGAAUAUUCCUAUGUGGAUGUGACCAUUACUGAAACAACAAUGGAAUUCAGGCUGUGAAAAGCAAUAAACAGAUGGAACCGCUUUCUAUUUAUGUAGUUUCACAGGCCACAACAUAUAAUUCUUACUGAAAAAUACAGAAUAUGUAGCUAGAGAGUUCACUGGUCCAGUUUAAUAGUUGACAUUAGAUCCCAUGCCAUCUAGAAAGAGGAGACCUUAUGGAAUAGUUCCUCAUUUCCUUUCACUUAUGCCAGUUUAAUUUCAUGAGAGUUAUUUUUGGAUCUCCUUGGUGUAUAUGAGACUUGGUCCCCUACUCACAGCCAAUGUGCUCUCCAGCUUCUUGAGGCUAACGUAGAUGAGAAUAUAUUUGUCUUCCUUACAGCAUUGUCCUUAGUGUUAUAAAUAUGUUUACAUUAAAAGUACUUGUAGUGAGAUUUAAAGAAUUUGGGAGUGAAGAUAAAGAAACCUCAUAUUAGAAUUUGCCUUUUAUAAUAACAUUAUGGUGGGAGGAGGCACAGAUACAUAUUCAGUAUCUGUGCAGUCUGUAUGCUUUUUUCAUUGUUACUGGAUGUGUUUUUACUUUGGUGUCUAGAACUUUGUUAAUUUUUCAACUUUGAAUGGUGGUAGGUUGUUACUGUGCAGCAUCUGUCACCUGAAAAAGGCAAAACAUGAUAUACGAGAUGAUCUGUUCAAUCUUAAAGUAUUUAGAUCUGUAAUCUACUCUAAACUACUUUUAAAAAGAGGGCAGUAGUUUGCCCAUUUAAAAAUAUAUUUUAUUAAAAAAAAUCUUUGAAGUAAUUCUGAGUUUAGUUCAUAUUUGGGGGGUUAUUUAGAAGAUAGCACAAGAGACAUACCUAGGAACAGCUCAAUUAUUUUGGCUUGAAAGAGGUUGCCCAUUCUAAUUUGCUUUCACAGAUUUUCACAGUUUUGUGUGUGCAGAGUAUCGAUUUCAUUGCUGUGUAUGUACAGGAAUCCUGCAUGUAA